UACAUGCUCUACAGAACGGCUGAGGACGGUUGCCUGGUGUCAUUAGCAAGCGGCGAGUAUGGCGGUGGCGCGAGUCGACGGGGCUCUAGCUCCAGGAGAAGGAUCAGUGGUGAACUGGUCAGGGCAGGGACUGCAGAAAUUAGGUGCCAACUUGCCCUGUGAAGCUGAUGUUCACACCUUGAUUCUGGAUAAAAAUCAGAUUAUUAAAUUGGAAAAUCUAGAGAAAUGCAAACAGUUAAUACAGUUGUCAGUGGCUAACAAUCGAUUGGUUCGGAUGAUGGGUGUGGCCAAACUGACUCAACUCCGAGUGUUAAAUUUACCUCAUAAUAGUAUUGGCUGCAUGGAAGGGCUGAAGGACCUGGUCCAUUUGGAAUGGCUGAAUUUAGCGGGCAAUAAUCUGAAGACCAUGGAGCAAAUCAAUAGCUGUACAGCUCUGCAACACCUUGAUUUAUCAGACAAUAACAUACCCCAGAUAGGAGAUGUAUCGAAACUAAUAUCUUUGAAGAUGCUGUUUUUAGUACUAAGUAUAACUUAAUUAAAAACAUUAAUUUCACUUAAUACAUGGAGGAUGGAGAAAUGGCUCAAAGGUUAAGAGCACUGGCUGCUGUUCCAGAGGACCUGGGUUUGAUUCCAGUACCAUGUUGUUGCUAACGAAUUCCUGUAAGCCUGGUUCCAGGGCAUGUAAUUCCCUCUUCUGGCCUCCACAGGCACCAGGCAUAGACAUACAUGUAGGCAAAACACCUACAUACAUAAAAUAAAUAAUAAAAUCUAAACCAAAAUCAUGGUAUAGAGGGUUUUUUUUCCUGUAUUUUUGCUUAAUUGAAUAUUAUUAGGACCACAUAGACCCUUCAAACCUUGGAAGUGAAAUCUGAAGCUCCAUUUUCCCUACAUCUUAAGCAGAAAUCAUUUUAUAGCAACAAUAAUUUUAAACAAUUUAAUGUAUCCAGCUGCCCUGAUAAAUGCUAAGAGAAUUCAAAAA